AUCAGUUUAAAAUUGAAGCUCAUCCAGUAAAAUACACGGUUGUUGUUUCCUAAAUUUUGGAUUCAAAUAGUUUUCAUUUACAAAAUUGGAUUAUAAUUUCAUAUAAUAAUAUAAAAAUCAAAUAUAAUAAUGGUACUACGUAAUUAUUCGUGUUAAGUUAAGGAUAAUUUUUCAAUCUUUGAACAAAACUGAAAGAGCGUAAUAAAACAAUUUUUUUUUACUUUGGAUUUAACAAAAAAAACGAAAAAAACCCUCGGGUUAAUAAACUUCGGGUUAAUAAUUUAUUUGGUUAAAAAAAAAACCAAAACAAGCACCCAAGCCAAAUAUGGAUAUUACUACUAUUGAUUCUCAAACCUAUUCAACAAAUUCUGGUAUGGAAAUAGCAACAGAAUCAGCAACAAGUCUAUUAUCGCAAUCAACAAUAUUACCUUCUGAUAGUAAUACUGAUAAUACAAUGACAUCAACUUUAUCAACAGUAAUUGGUACAACAUUUACGAAUAAUGAAAAUAAUGAUUAUGAAUCAAUGACAUCAAAAAUUAUUGAAACAAUUACAACAACAGCAACAACAAAUAUAAUUAAAGAAUCAUCAGAUGAAAAUUUAAUUCAAACAACAACAACAAAAAUACCAAUUUUAGCGACAUCACUAAUUGAUAACACCUUAACAUCAACAAUUGAAACACCAGAUUUUACAACAAUUGCAACCACAACAAUUAAGAAUAAAUUGAGUGUUAGUGAUUUAAGUUCAUCAUUACAAUUAUUUGGUUGGGCUGAUUAUCUUGUUUUUGUUCUUAUGUUAGUUGUUUGUGCUAUGAUUGGAAUUUAUUUUGGAUUUGUUGAAAAAAAUAAACAAGCUAAACGUAAUAAAAGUAAUGGCGGUGUACAAGCGAGACGAGGCUCUGAAGCAUUAGAUUAUUUAGUCGGUGGUAGAAAAAUGCAAACUUUUCCUGUAUCAAUGUCACUAGUAGCUAGCUUUAUUUCCGGUAUUUCUUUACUUGGCACUUCAACAGAAAUUUAUGUUUAUGGGACACAAUAUGCGUUUCUAUUGAUAACGAUCAUAAUUUCUUCAUUUAUAUCAUGGCAUAUCUUCUUACCAGUAUUUUGUAACUUGCAGCUAACAUCAACAUAUGAGUACUUUGAAAUGAGAUUUGACAAAAGGAUACGACUACUUGGUUCAAUGCUUUUUGUAAUUGGAACGAUGCUGUGGUUACCCAUUGUAAUAUAUGUGCCAGCAUUAGCUUUCAAUCAAGUCACAGGAAUCAAUAUACACAUAAUAACUCCGGUGGUGUGUGUUGUUUGCAUCUUCUAUACCUGUGUGGGUGGUUUAAAAGCAGUUGUAUGGACUGAUGUUCUACAAAGUUUUAUAAUGUAUGGUUCAAUGAUUUUAGUUAUUAUUAAAGGAACAAUGAAUGUUGGUGGUUUAAGUGAAGUAAUUAAUUUAAAUUAUGGAAGUGGACGGUUAGAGGGUCCUCAUUUUACAAUGGACCAUACAACCAGGUAUUCUGUAUGGUCAGUAUUUAUUGGUAGUACAGUACAUUGGUUACAAAAUACUUGUGCAAAUCAAGUUAUGAUGCAACGUUUUUUAGCUUUACCAAAUUUAAAAAAAGCACGUCACGCUUUAAUUAUAUUCGUUAUAGGUUUAAUAGUUUUAUAUAGUUUUUGUAUAUACAACGGUUUAUUAAUUUAUGCAACAUAUCAUCAAUGUGAUCCUUUAAAAACAAAGUUAGCUAAAGCCCAUGAUCAAUUGGUACCAUUAUUGGUUAUGGAUAUUUUAGGAAUAUUUCCUGGUAUGCCGGGUUUAUUUGUAGCUGGAGUAUUUAGUGCAGCAUUAAGUUCAUUAUCAACAGGAUUAAAUUCAUUAACUGCAGUAUUUUUAGAAGAUUUUGUUAAACCAUAUCGAAAAACACCAUUAACAGAACGUCAAACAGAAAUUUUUAUGAAAACUGCUGUUGUCCUUUGUGGUAUUGUAUGUGUUGCUUUAGUUUUUGUUGUUGAAAGAUUAGGAAUGGUCUUACAAUUAUCAGCAACAAUGGGUGCUUUAACAAAUGGUCCAUUACUAGGAGUUUUUUUCGUUGGUGUUCUAUUGCCAUGGGUCAAUGGAAGGAGUGCUUUAUUCGGCGGUGUUAUAUCAUUUAUUUUAAUGGGUUAUGUUGCGAUACGAGCACAAAUCGAUAUGGCAACUGGAAAAUUAGUUUUUCCAACAAAACCAACAUCAGUUGAAGGUUGUAAUUAUCUACAUAACUAUACGAGUCCAAUACAUUCAGAUGAUGCAUUUAUUGAUAAUUUGGAGAAACCAUUUUAUCACAUGUCUUUUAUGUUCUAUACUGUAUUUGGUUGCAUAACAACAAUUGUAUGCAGUUGUUUAUCAACAUUAGUUUUUGGUUUUGCUAACACUGAAGAUAUGGAUCCAAUUCUGUUUUCUCCAGUCAUAAGAAAAUAUAUUAAAACUAAAGAAUACUUUAGCAUAAGAUCUGGAAUUAAAGAAAUGCAAACUAUUAUUACAGCUGAUGAUAAAAUGGAAAAUCAUGAAAACCAUAAUGGGAAUAACGAUCAUAAUGAAAAUAUUAAAUUAAAUCAAUAGUUUAAAUUAAAUAAAAUUAAAAUUUUAAUGUCUCGACGCUAUUAUAUAUUCGGAUGAAAUACAUUUUUAGUAUUUUUGUUAUGUUAUUCUUUGACUUUUUUCUAAGAAAUGUGAAAAAUCACAAUAUUAAAAUUUGUCUCAUUGUGUUACAGGGUAGUCCGGAACUAGUGUUAAUUUCUUGAGAGG